CAAUCCCCACCAAAACAACUCUCUCUCUCUCUCUCUCUCUCUCUCUCUCUCGAGAUUCAGCAAAGAGACCGAACGAAAUCCAUCCCUACGACCUAAUGGCGAUGAAGGAGAAGGUGAAUUCCGGCGCCGCCAGCGGCGGCGGCAGGAGCCUCGCCAGGGAGGCGCACUACAGGGGCGUCAGGAAGAGGCCGUGGGGGCGGUACGCGGCCGAGAUCAGGGACCCCGGUAAGAAGAGCCGCGUCUGGCUCGGCACCUUCGACACGGCGGAGGAGGCCGCACGGGCCUACGACGCCGCCGCCAGGGAGUUCCGCGGCUCCAAGGCCAAGACGAACUUCCCCUUCCCCUCGGAGCAGCACCCGGUCCUCCUAGCGGCCGCUGCCAACAACCGCGACAAGAAGGGUGCUACCAACAAGGCCUGCAGCCGCAGCCCGAGCCAGAGCAGCACGGUCGAGUCGUCGGGCCACGACCCGGCGGCCCCGAUGGCCGACUCCCAGCCGCCGGAUCUCAACCUCGCCUACCCGGGCGCAGGCGGGCUCCCGCUCCCGCUCCAGGCCGCCGCGCCGUACCAGCUCUUCUACUUCGACGCGAUGGCGAGGGCGGAGGCGAUGAACAACCAGCUCUAUCAGCGGCUGAUCUUCGACCGGGGCGCGGCCGACGGAUCUCGGAGCGACUCCGACUCGUGCUCCGCCGUCGUCGACGUCAACCAGAUGCCUGCCCGGGUGCUGUAUCUCGAUCUCAACGAGCCGCCUCCGCCGGAGUCAGCCUGACGGGGUUCGGCCGGUUCUCGAGGGACGAAACCUAGUCUCGAUGGUUCUUCUUUUUGUCGAUUUAAUUUUAGAAGAAAUUAGACAAAAAGUCCCAAAAAAAAAAAAAAAGGGAAACUAGAUCGGAAAACGUUCGAUUGAUCUGUCGGUGGGUGUUGAUCUCGGAUCGGAUCUCGAUGUGAAUAGAGGCAGAUCGGAUCAAACUUUUUUCAUUUUUUUUUUGCGACGGAAGAGAAAAAAAAACCGACGGUUUUAUCUCGUCGUUGUUUGUAGCUUAUUAAUUACAAUAACAAUGUUUCAUC